AUGGAAACCCCAUUUCCGGUGGGGAUGGACUCGGGGGAUCGCUCAAGUCGUGAGCUUGGAGGUCCGCAUAUGGUUGUCCAGCAAUAUGCGCGAUAUCCCCCGACCUUGGAAUCAACCCUCCAGAGUGGCUCCUCUUUAGGGAGUGCUCGCAGUCAACUAGAUGUCAACAAUUCCCCUCCAUUGCAGCGAAGAGAAACACCGAGAAGUUUACAAUCGUCGCCGAGGGGCAUGCGAUCUGCAAUUCCCCAAUCAUCAACUACUCGCUCAGGGCCAUCUAUGUCUCCACCAGUAUUUGGGCCCCAACGGCAUCAACCGACCAAGGAUCCUGCUGAUCAUGCUGAUACCCGUGUUCUUCCAUCGCAAAAUGUCACUGAUGAAACCAUCGAUGAUGCAUAUGUCAUGUUUAUCCUGUAUUGCAAUCCCAAUGUUCCAUCAACCGUCGACACAUCAGAGCUAAGGAAAACCUUUCGUACCCCACCGCGAAGUGACGGUAAAAGUUUCAGCGUCUUUGCACUUUUUGAACUUAUUCGCAAGAAGGAGAACGGUGAACUGAAAACAUGGAUUGAGCUCGCAAUUCAAUUGGGUGUUGAGCCCCCCUCCAUGGAAAAAAAGCAGAGUACACAGAAAGUUCAACAGUACUCUGUUCGGCUCAAGCGUUGGAUGCGUGCUAUGCAUGUUGACGGUUUUUUCAACUAUUGUUUGAAUCUACAUCAUCCAUAUUACACCAAUCUCCCGCCUUCUGGUCCUUUUGUUAGUGAUUCUCGCGAUGGCGUACCACUAGAGGAGGAUCUCGCACUCAGAGCACUUGUACCACAGUGGAAGCCAAAACGAGGAAGAAAAAGGGCCGAAGAUAGGGAACUAGAGGAGGACAAAGCAGCAAAGCGACCUUCGCUUGAUACAACAGUGGGCGCUCUCCAACAUGGUAGCUUUCCGGCCCAUUCUGUUACAUUCCCGCAAAGCGCAAUUCCAUUCAGUGCAUUUCCCGAUGACAUGGAAUCCAAUGACCCAUGGAUCACGGCUGCCUCCUCUUUCCAAGGCGGAGUGUCAGCUCAAGGAACAGAUCAGUCUAACCAAGAUAUCCGCUGGAGACUGCCAGAUCGAGAAGCAUCACCAGCAAACUAUCCUCAAUCAGCCAUCAUUCCGAGAAGCCACCUACCAUCCGAUGUUCUCAUGUCUGCUGAGCCUCGAUCUGCUAUGACUCCAUUGACGGGCGAGAAGGCGCGCACAAGGAGACGACACGGACCGGCAGUUUCAUCCGCUUGGCCGAGUAGCAGUGGUAUAUCUGCCGGAAAAGGUAGAGGCAGGCCCCCCAACAAAGGCCCAACUUCGGGCUCCUUCUCUACCUUUCAGGUCAAUCCCAGUCGUGAAGCAUCGCACAUCCCGAAUUCUGGUACUCACACUUCUCCCCCUGCACUUGAUUCAAACUCUUCCCAGCCUUUUGAAACUCCUCCUUAUAAUCAAACACCGACUCCUAUUACACAAGGAAGGCCCAGCAAACUUCAAUUACAAGUUCCCUUACAUUCAGGGGCACCAGUACGACUUGCGACUCCUCCGAGAUUGGUAGUCAAUGGUGUCAAUGGCGCAGUUAUUUCAGGAGCUGAAGCAGCUAAUGGUCGCCAACAGCAUCACACCAUGGAAAAUACGAAUACGGGUACUAUAAGUCGAAUGUCUUCGUCGGGCGACCCUAACAAUACAAAUACCGCCUCUAGUCCUGCCAUGGACGAUAUAGUUCGCGCGCUCUCAGCCGAACUCAUACAUGCCAGACUGAUCGGAAGGGGACUUCCACUUACCCACGAUGAGACUGAAACCCUGGCCUCGGCGAUGGUGAUCAAUCUGUCUACGAUGUACUCACAUAGUCAAAUUGACAUACAUCCCUCGAUCAUGGCCUUCCACCUUGGCGUCGGACACCACUUUGGUUUCCCUGGUAGUAGUCCAGGCUCCAUGGUGGUGAGGAUAGAACAUACCACGCCAAACCCAGAUGGAAGUCGCGACCCAGCUGAAAUCAACUAUUCCAUCUCCCACGACCACAAGACCUCAGGCCAUUUCUCGAUGCAGAUCACACUUGGAAACCUUACCGACUUGGAAAGUACAAGCCUGACUUCAGGUCAUCACUCGAUCGACAAUAGCAACAUCGUGACGAACUCUAAUCUAGACGAAGAUGAUGAUCUCGGUUAUCCUGUGUCCGAGGCGACCUGGAAGCAGCGCUACUUGAAGCUUCGGGCUCAAAUGCAGAAAAAGGACAAGGCUUUGUCCAACUACAAGCGAAAGAUUGUCGAGUCCGUCAUGGCAGACAUCUGA